AUGGCGCCGACUCCAGAGGAGUUUUCAGACCCGGGUUCUGUCACCUACGACUCGGACACUAUGUCCGUAGGCGAUGGAACCUGGGACUUCACCAAGAAUACCUACUUGCUGCCCAAUCUGGCAGCACCCAACUUCGAGACCAUGCGAUACAAUGGCAUGGGGAAUCGAUUCGCAACCUUGACACAAUACCAUACGAUAAUCAUCGCUCACGGCGUUCUCGGCGCGCUCGUGUUUCUGCUCCUCAUCCCGUCGGCCCUGAUGUUGAUGCGCUUUUACGACCGUCGACCUGGAGCGGCUGUCAGAUACCACGUCCAACUACACAUCCUCUCCGCUCUUCUUCUCACGGUUGUCUUCAUCCUUGGAAACAUUGCCGUGGGCCCGAAGCGUUCCCUUUCGAACCCGCACCAUGUCAUUGGCCUGGUUCUGUAUGUGCUGUUUUGCGUUCAGUUCCUGGCCGGGAUCUUCAUCAGGGGUAUCAAGAAGCUUCGGUCUCUUCGGGUGACGCUGCAUCAAUGGAUUGGAAGGGGCAUGGCCUUGCUGGGGAUUGCACAAGUUCCGCUUGGGCUUACCCUGUAUGGUUCUCCCCAGUACACCUUCAUCCUGUACGCUGUAUGGAUGGCCUUCCUCUUCGUGUUGUACUUCAUCCUGAAUUUCAGGUCCGCCAGCAGGCGCGAGUACAUCAUGUCGGGAGGAGCGCCGUCCGAGGCCGGCAGAACUCGAGUAACCGGAAUCACGGACACCGAAUAUUUCGCUUCCGAGGCACCUCAUACCGAAGUGGGCAAAGACCACAGCAGUAAAUUGAAGUGGCUCGGCCCUCUUGCUGCUGGCGGCGCGGCCUUCGCUUUCCUGAACAGAAAGAAGAACAAGGAUCGCGGACGCAGUCGCAGUCGCAGCAGAAGUAGGAGUCGGAGUAGGAGCAGGAGUCACUCGCCCUCGUAUCGAAGCCAUGGCCCGCAAACUACGGCAUCCCGACCUGGUGCUCCCGCCAGCUAUUUCAGUGAGGAGAAGUACUCCGAACUUCCUCCUCCCCGUAAGGAGGGCGGAGGUGGCUUCAUGAAGAUUUUUGGAGGCGCCGCCGCAGCCCUCGGUGCAGGAAAACUUGUCUCUGGCCUGAUGAAGCGCAAGGACAAGCAAAACCGAAGUGACGAGUACUCAGCCGUGUCCACCGAGACUCCUCGCCGCCAACGUCCAGGUCGAUUCCAGAGCGAACUCAGCAGCGUGUACACCGAAGAUACCCGUCCAGCCCCGACUGAAACCUCCCUGAUGUCACCUACGCCUGGACCUGCACCUGGACCUCCGCCACCACCAAUGAUGGCUGGUGCGCUUAGUGCCGCUGACUCUAGAUUGGGCUCACGACGAAAUGAUAGCCCCCCUCGCGCAUCAGGUGGUGCGCGACGUCCUGGCCGUAGGAGCAGUAUCGAGGAUUCCGAAUACUCGUCAUAUGUAAGCCCCUCGCGCCGUGCGCCGCCGCCCGAGUCAAGCCGCGCUGGUGGUGCUGCCAAGGGUCUCUUUGCUGGCUUAGGGCUGGGUUGGUUCGGCAAAAAACUGGCAGAUAAGCGAUCCAAGAAGGAGGAGGACAAGCGAAUCCAAGAGGAAGAUGAUAUGAGAUCCGGCCUGACAGAACCUCGAUACACUGGGGAUGGUUAUGUAUCUCCGACCAGAAAAUCAUCGAGGCGACCACUGCCUAGACGACAGACAGGCAUGCCAUCCCAAGUAACUGCAACUGAGAUGACGGAAUCGUCAUUCGAUGAUGACAGCAGGCCGCCCCAAGCUAGUGAUGCUAAGCACCCCGUUCCAGUCGUUUCAGGUACAGGUAAGUUGCCGCGGGCCAGGUCGAGCUCGCGGCACGAUACCGAGCCCCUCUCGCCGCCAGAGCCUCCAUUGAUUCCCCGUCCUGAGGUAGAGAGCUCGAUCCUCUCGGAUCCUCGCCCCAAACGACGAGACUCCUCGCGAAGACGGUCGGUUGGAGACAAGGCUGGUAAAGCUGCUCAGGCGCGAGCUGCAAGCCUCGCGGCUGAGCAGGACCGUGACAGACAACGCUACGGGUCACCCCAUAGCCAGUCUGUCAGCUUGAAGCUCAAAGUGCAUGAUGACAAGGACAGGAACGUGACGCUUCGCCGACUAACAGAGGAGGAGGCCAGAACCGCCCGAGGCACCAGGAGUAGGAGUCGUGCGGAUUCCGAGAGUGACAUGUCCGGGCUCGACCCACCAGGUUACACCCGCACUCGAUACCGACGCGACUCCAGCCAGCGGAGGGCGGAGUCGGAAGUUGAACGCCGUACGGAAGCAGCAGCAACAGAGCCGGAGAUCAGCGAUCUCGGACCUCUGUCGCCUCCAAACCCUGCCUUUGCCAAGGGUCGCCGGAAUGCAGGUAAGGAUUCAGCAUAUUAUUCCGGCGGAGCUUCCGGGCAGCCGGGGCCAGCGGGCACUUCGGUCGCGGCAGGACAAACCGUGUCUAGUCUCGGUAGCCAGGAGAGCCACGGGACAUGGAGUCAGAUGAGCGGUUCCCAGACGAAUCCCGGGAGAGCGCCGACAGUAGGAUCUGCGGCGGACACGAGACGACAACGGCGACGGAUGGAGAGACGGAGAGGCAGCAGCAGCCGGCCGUCGGGAGGUCCGGACAUGUUUGAAUAA